AAGACUCUGCCUUUCUUCUCUUCUCUCUAACUAUAAGCUAAAAGGAAGCUCCUUUCUUUCAUCAGACCUUCUCUCUUCUUGUCCACAGUCUUAAAGUUUCGAUCUUUUUAACGCUAAGUAUGGAACCAGAGUCAUCACUGCCGGAGCUGGAUCCUGAGUAUCAGUGGGAUGAGGAGUUAGUGGAACGGUGCUUGAGUCGUGCUGCUGAGACAGCUACUGGGAUGCUAGAUCUCUCGGGUCAGGUGAGAGAGUACAAGGAGAUGAUGGUGGAGUCUGUGAGGAAACAGUCUCUGGAGAUGGAGGAGAAAGAAAAGGAAUCUGAUUUGAGACGGUGUUUGGAGGCGGAGUUGCUGAUACUUGUUCUCGAGAUGCAGAUGGUUGAAGAGGUAGACAGAGAGUUUCGAGUUAGGGAAGAGAGGCUUGAAGAGAGGGAGGAGGUGGUUAGAGUGCUUGGUGAGAAUGUUCAAGAGAGAUGUGAUGAGAUGGAGAAGAGGGAAGAGGAUUUUGAACUCAAAGCCAAAGAUGUUGAAGUGAAGAGGAAGGAGCUUGAGAAAGAGAGAAGGUUGCUUGAUGAAACCUUCAAGGAGAGGUCUAAUGAGAUGGAGAAGAGGGAAGAGGAGUUUCAGCUCAAAGCUAAAGAUGUUGAGGUGAAGAGGAAGGAGCUUGAGCUAAAGGAGAAGAGUGUUGAAGAGAUAAUGAGUGAGGUUGAAGCAAGGGAGAAGGUUCAAAGGUUGCUUGAUGAAACCAUCAAGGAGAAGUCUAAUGAGAUGGAGAAGAGGGAAGAGAAGUUUCAGCUGAGACAAGACUCAGAGGCCAAAGAGAUUGAAGCCAAGAUGAGGUCUCUUGAGCUCAAGGAGAAGGAGCUUGAACGUAAGGAGAAAGAGUUGGAUGAGCUAUCAAAACAAACUGAGAGUAGAAAGAGAUCAAGAGAGGAACCUGAGACAUCACUCUUUGCUGAGAAUGAUCCUCUCACUCACAGUGUAAAAAGACUCAAAUCCAUUAGAGAACACAACCAUGAAGAUAGAGAGAAGGAAACAGAUUUGGACUGUGUGAUUCUUGACUCCACAGACGACGAUGAAGCUGAUGAUGAUGAGGAUCCGGAGCCAUACAACUGCCUCGACGCAGACUUCAACAACUUCAACAACACGAUGAGCUCUUUCUCCGUGGGCCAAGUAUGGGCUCUCUACGAUCCCUUAGACCACAUGCCUCGGCUAUACGCUAAGAUCAAGAAAGUCCUGGAGCUUGAGAUGAGAGUGGAAGUCACAUGGCUCGAGUCAAAACAAAAGAGUCACAUCCCCAUCUCUUGUGGAGAGUUCAAGUACGGCGAAAGAACCGUAAAGAGCCACUUGACGUUCUCUCAUUUGAUGGAUCACAUAGGAGGAACUGGCAAGAAGAAGAAGAGCAUCAUCACCGUAAACCCGAGGAAAGGCGAGACAUGGGCUCUCUUCAGAGAUUGGAAGAAGCAGCAAAAGCGCUCUUAUAGCUACGACUUCGUCCAAGUCGUGUCUGAGUUGGACAGUGGAGGCAUUGGAGUGGCGUACCUAGGGAGAGUGGAAGGGUUCACGUCGGUGUACGAGCUCGCUGAGCAGAAUGGAGUCUUGCAAAUGAUGGUGAGAUGUGAUGAGAUGCUUAGGUUUUCGCAUAGAGUCCCAUCUUUUGUAUUGACUGGAGAUGAAAGAAAAGGUGUCCCAGCUGGCUCUUUUGAGCUAGACCCUGCUGCUAUUCCGAGGGAUUAUCUUGAAGCUUCUGAGGUUAAACAAGAGGAGUAG